CAUUUUUGAAAUAUUACUCAUAAAAAUCAGUGCGUUAUGUUGCAAUAUGUAUCAUUUUUAGGACAUUACUCCCAAAAAAUAAUGAACCAUUUUUGGGAUAAUGUCUCAAUAGUGAUACAAACUGCAACAUAACGUACUAUUUUUUAUGAGGGGAAAGUUGGUGUACCAAAAAUAGACAAUGAACAACUUAAAAGACCAAAAUUAGAUUUUUGCCGAGUGUUGUCACAGUUUGAUCCGGGUGUUAAACCAAUUAGCGAAAAUGAUGUAGUUAGAAUCCAAUAAGCAUACCCCCAUUAAUGAAAAUGAAAAGCAGUGGAUUGUCGAAUUUAACUUUUUUGUAGAAGGAAAUAUCCCAUCCUGUAUUCCACCGCAAUUCGGUUCUCAGCCAUUCAUUUUUUAUCUGCGCGUUUCUUUAUUAUUUCAUUCCCUUUCCAACAAAUAAUUGCAGCAAAGUGUCGUUAUUUUGGAGUUGAAGAAAAAGUUUGGCCGGCAGCAAAACUUGUUUGACUCUUAUAAAUUUAGCUUAUCUCUUGUCAAUGUCUCUAUCCAUUACAAAUUUUUACCACUCGACUUUUCCAUACAUUUGUCGUUUCCAACUCACCAAACGAACUAUUAAAAAAUUAAGUUGUAUCUAAAGUUUUUCCAUCAGCCCUCCCAUGUAAAUUACAAUUAAAUCUUAUAAAAUUGAUAUUUUGGUCCUAUAUGGCUAUAUAUUUAGAUCGUGAGCUACUUGGAUCCACAAAUUAUGCAAUUGGUCUUAAUACGUUUGAAUUUGUUAAAAUUGGUUCCAGAUAACAUUGAAGUAGCUGGGAAUGCUAGUGCUAAUUCACAUUUCAUAGCUUUCUUAUUAGUACAUAGUUUGUAAUUUUAACAUUUGAAUUGAAGGAAUAGAAGCUUCCAAAUUUUACAAUGUUAUGUGUCAUUUGAUAUCCAAUAAAUUAGUAUCAUAGCUACAAAAGUAAAAAAAUAUUAAUAAAAAAUACAGAAUUAGAUAAUAAAUAAUUGAUUAUAAAAAUGUUAAAAAGGAACAUAAUAAAGGAAAAUAUUACAAUCCAUUCUUGGGGAAGCCAACGUUUCAUUUAUAUUUUCCGCCCAAUGAAAUGAUGUCAAUGGCUCAGACACGCCUUUUGUUGUGGUGUCCCUUCAGACCUUACAAAAAAACAACAUUUAUUUUAUAUAUUAAUAAAAAAAAAGGGUAACCACUCCAAGAGUAGAGUAUGAGUAUAUAUAAAGGGCAAUGGCCAAUGAAGCUGAACUCUUAGAUCAGCUAUAGUAUUAUUCUUUCUUCUUUGUGAAAAUUGGAAUGAAGUGGGAAUUAAUGAAGAAGAUAUACCCCAACGGGAAUGGGUUCAGCCGGAGCCCUUCCCCUUCUUCUUCUUCCGGUUGCAGCGAUGAUGAUCCAAUGGUAGUCCUAACAGUAUGGAAGAAAUCGUUGGUUCUCAACUGCGAGGGAUUCACCGUAUUUGAUGCCAAUGGGAACCUUGUCUAUCGGGUUGACAAUUACAUCAACAGCCCUCGCAGAGUUGGGGUAUCCAAUUUCAAUGAGAUCUUCCUUAUGGAUGCCUUGGGAAACUCUAUUCUCACCAUCCGCCGCCAACGCAAGAAGCUGGACAGCAGCAACUGGUUUUUGUACGACGGCGAGACCACUGAUAAUCCGAGGUUUACGGUGAUGAAGAGGAAAAGUAUCAACAGCAGCAGGAAAUGGGCGGCUCAUGUCAUCAGCAAUGAUAAUAAUAAUCAUAAUAAUUAUGUGAUUGAGGCGAAUCGCUGCUGCUGCAGUGUGUAUGAUGAGAAGCGGAGGAGGCGAGUGGCAGAGCUGAAACCCAAGGAAACUUGUGUCAAAGGCCUCGCUUUUGGUGCCGAUGUUUUCCAAUUGCUUCUGUUCCCUGAUUUUGACCCCUCGCUUGCCAUGGCAAUUGUUAUCCUCCUCGAUCACAUCCACACACACGUGCGCCUGUCGGCUUGGCUCACGCCUUGUACUCAGCAAUUGGACUAUGGGCUGGACAUAGGCGGCCUUAUCCUUGGCUGCUCGCGUGUGGCCUCGGUGGCUGAACGGACACAAACAGGGGAUCGCUGGCUCAACGAUUGCGGACGAAGGCUCCUGCGGCGGCGUGCGGUGCUCGCAGGAUACGAUGGCUGGCUGUCGGGGCGCGGUUGUUCAUGGCGGUGGCUCUCGCUGGUCGCUCGCUUCGGCUCGCGGUUUCUUGUCACGUCGGGAAAGUCGGACGUGGAUUUUGAAAGUGGUGCAAUGUCAUUUCCAUCCAUAUUUGCUUGCUGUAGGGCGCUUCUCUUAGAUGGUCUCCACGAGGAUCUGAACCAUGUGAAAUGUAAACCUUGUGUCGAAGCUGAUGGCCGUCCAGAUGAAGAAGUAGCUGGUGGGUAUUGGAAGAAUCAUCUAGCUCGGAAUGACUCUAUAAUUGUUGAUAUCUGUCAAUUGAAAGAGCUGAAAGCUCUUAUUAGUGGACUUGAUAUUCAUUCUAUCUUUUCUCGACUACCUGAAAAUGCUUGUCUACUUAGCUAUUUAUCUUCAUCAGAUAAUGAAACCCGAUCGAUAUCCAUCUAA